AUAUUACGCUGAGUGCAAGAAACUUACUUUGCAUCGGUAGUCUACCCGGGACAUAACAUUGAUUUAACAGUGCAUUAGAUUGUUUUAAAAACACUAUUAAAAAAAAUGAAGUUACUCUUAACAUCUUUUGUAGCCUUUAUGGCUGUAACAUUUACAAGUAGUGCUGAAAUAAAUCCAGAAGAACAUAAAAGUAAUAAGGAAUGUAAAACUAUAGCUUUGGAAGGUGAUUACUACGAAAACGGUGGUGAAGAAGAGAUUGAGAAGCCAAAUGAAGGAUCACCUUGCCAGGGAACCGAAUCAAGCCAAUGUCCUGUGCAAACACAAGGGCAUACAGAAUGUCCAGAAGGGGAGGUAAUGGGAUGGAACCUGCAGUGCAUCAGCCGACGGCGGAUCCAGCUCACCAACUACUCCGUGUGGCAGGAAUAUGGCUAACUUGUUAAUAAAUAAGUUUUUUUUUCUCAAUAAAUCGUUUUUG